CGGAUUCGACCACACCACAAAACACCACAAAGGCACACCGCCCACAGCAAGCAAAACCAGCCAGUCAGUCAGCCAACCAUCAUGCCAUCCAACUACCGGGGACCCGACGACGACAGCCACCUCUGGAGGAUCGAGGUUGGAGCCACGAGCCGCCCGUCGAAGCGGCGGCGAAUGGCAAAGGGCCUGGCGGAAAUGGGUGGGCUCGRGCACGGGUUCGAGCACGGAUUCGAGCACGGGUUCGAGCACGAGGGGUGCCACCCAAGCCUCGGAUUCCCCUCCCGCUCGUCCUCCUCCCUGUCGUCCUCGUCCGUUUCGGCGAUGGCCACGGAAUCCUACGACGAGGACGAAAGCUUCGACGACACCGUCCAGGGGAUCCUCCGGUCCUGCCUCUCCCGGGCCCGGAACGGCGGAAGCUACGGCUACUUUUCCGCCGACGAGCCGGACGGGCAAGAACAGCAASAGKAWCAGCAGCAAGAGUAUCAGCAGCAACAGUAUCAACAGCAACACAAUCGUCAGCAACGCCCGUUCGGAACCGUGGUGGGGGGCCUGGACCGGCUCUGGCACAAGGUGGCGGCCCGGAAMAACAAGGACGCCUCCUCGAGGAACAAGCACCGCCUCGAGCUCCUGGGGGCCGGGGGCCACUGGAUGCUCACGGACCUCCUCGACGGCUGCACCGAGAGCCUCCGGGGGAUCCGGGAAGGCGAAGGACACGGGCGGGUGGCCGGUCCCGAUGCCAUGGACGAGGGCUGGGGCCAGAGCUACGGCGAUGGCUUCGGCGAUGGCUACAACCACAACAACAACUACCGCACAAAGGAUUCCCUCCGCGACCGCGAGGAACGCCUCGCCCCGGUGGUCGUUCGGUGCUGCCAGAUCCUCCGGGAGCUCCUCUCGACGGAUCCGGGCUGCGCCGGUGCGGGGAGCAGCACCUCCAUGGACGACAGCGAAAGCGAACGCGAAAACGAACACGAACGCCCCGGCGCCGGGCCGUCCGGGGGCACCACCAACCGGUCCGUCCGCUACCAGAUCUACUGCGCGGGGAGCCUCGACGCCGUCGUGGAGGCCCUCCGGAGGUUCCCGUCCAACUUCGACGUCCACCUCGCGGGCUGCCAGUUCCUCUCCCGCCUCGUCACGCCCGAGCCCGAGGCCCMAGYGGCCGGUCCUUCCCCCGGCCGGGCCUUCCAGCCGUCCCCCACCCUGGUCGGGAACCUCUACCGGGCCACGGACGGGCUGGGGAUCGUCCUCCGCCUCCUGGUCGGGAGGGGGGGGGACMACGGCCCCUUKCUCAAGAGGACCUCCGACCGGAACGCCCCCGUCGGCGACACGGAGCUCUGGCAGCUCUACUUUGUCGCCACGGGCAUCGUCCGCGGCGUCCUGGGACAGCCCUCGUGGUCCGCGUCGGCGUCGGCAUCCGCGUCGGCGUCGGUAUCCGGCUCCCCAUCCGGUUCCCGCGAGGCCGGGGACCGCCUCCGGUCCGAGCUCGUGCGGACCGUCCACGAGCUCUUUGUGGGGGGCGGCAGCGACGGCGGUGGCGACAACAACGACGACGACGAAGCCAUGGCCACGGACGGGGAGGAACUCGGUGGCGGGUGGCGACACCGCCGCUGGCAGCCCGAGGGCCGCGGGGGCCUGGAAAAGCACAUGUACGAGCACCUCAUGACCAUCCUCGUCGGGGAAUAGAAGACGCAAGAGUACACAAGAAAAGAGAACACAAGAGAACAGAACAGAACAGAACAGAUCGGAGCGCCGUGCCGUGCCGUGCAGUGUAGUGCAGUGCAUGAGCAACGCAAUGCAUUUGCAACAGCACAAGAAACAAGACAAAACAAAACAUAACAAGACAAGACAAGACAAAACAAAACAAGACAAAACAAGAUAAAACAUAACGAAACAA